AGCUAUUUAUCACACUUCUAGAAGGGGAAAUGGGUGUGCUGUGACUUUCUGCUUAAGACACAGAUGAAGACACACAGCACAUUCACAGAGCGGGACAGAGACAGUAACAGUGUGUAACACGACAGGAGCGUUAAUAUCUUUCUGAAGUGGAGUUGGUGUGGAGAUCUGGGAGUGUGAACUCAGGAUGAAGAUCCUCCUCAUCUUCACCCUCUGUCUGAUCUCAGAUGGAGGAGACUCCAAGGAAGUAACAGGAUAUUCAGGAGGAGGAGUCCUUAUCAAGUGCAAGUAUGAUACAGAAUACAGAGAAAACCAAAAAUAUUUCUGUAAGGGUUCAGUACCAGGCUGUUCUGACCAAAUAAAGACAGGAGCUAAAAACGAGUGGAUAAAUUCAGGAAGAUUCUCACUGUUUGAUGACACCAAAUCAGCAGAGUUCAGUGUGAUGAUCAGAGAGCUCACUGUAGAGGACACUGGGACGUACCAGUGUGCAGUUAAUAAAGAUUUAUGGAAAGACAUUUACACACCUGUGGAACUGAAGGUGAAGGAAGGUGAGUAGGAGAUAUUUAUUCAGACCUAUCAAGUGAAAAAUUGACUAAAACUUUCAAAUAUCACGAUUUGAGUGUCCAUUACUUUUGCAUGGCCGAGAAACCAAUCACAUUUUUGUGCAUUUUAACUUUUUAUAUUUAA